CUGUCUGGGCGCAUUGUUGGAGGUGUGUGGUGGUUCUUUACCCUCAUCAUAAUCUCAUCCUACACGGCUAACUUAGCUGCCUUCCUGACGGUUGAGAGGAUGGUGUCUCCCAUUGAAAGUGCAGAGGAUCUUUCCAAGCAAACAGAAAUUGCUUAUGGGACAUUAGAUUCUGGCUCCACUAAAGAGUUUUUUAGGAGAUCUAAAAUUGCAGUGUUUGAUAAAAUGUGGACCUAUAUGAAAAGUGCAGAACCAUCUGUGUUUGUGAGGACUACAGCAGAAGGGGUAGCUCGAGUACGGAAGUCCAAAGGAAAAUAUGCCUACUUGCUGGAGUCAACCAUGAAUGAGUACAUCGAACAAAGGAAACCCUGUGAUACCAUGAAAGUUGGUGGGAAUUUGGAUUCCAAAGGCUACGGCAUCGCCACACCUAAAGGAUCCUCAUUAAGAAAUGCGGUUAACCUCGCAGUACUAAAACUGAAUGAACAAGGCCUGUUGGACAAAUUGAAAAACAAAUGGUGGUACGACAAAGGAGAGUGCGGCAGCGGGGGAGGUGAUUCCAAGGAGAAGACCAGUGCCCUCAGCCUGAGCAACGUGGCAGGAGUCUUCUACAUUCUCGUCGGGGGACUCGGUUUGGCAAUGCUGGUGGCUUUGAUUGAGUUCUGUUACAAGUCAAGAGCCGAGGCAAAACGAAUGAAGGUGGCAAAGAAUGCACAGAAUAUUAACCCAACUUCCUCGCAGAAUUCACAGAAUUUUGCAACUUAUAAGGAAGGUUACAACGUAUACGGAAUCGAAAGUGUUAAGAUUUAGGGGAUGACCUUGAAUGAUGCCAUGAGGAGCAAGGCAAGGCUAUCAAUUACAGGAAGUACUGGAGAAAAUGGACGUGUUAUGACUCCAGAAUUUCCAAAAGCAGUGCAUGCAGUACCUUACGUGAGUCCUGGCAUGGGAAUGAAUGUCAGUGUGACUGAUUUCUCGUGAUUGAUAAGAACCUUUUGAGUGCCUUACACAAUGGUUUUCUUGUGCGUUUAUUGUCAAAGUGGUGAGAGGCAUCCAGUAUCUUGAAGACUUUUCUUUCAGCCAAGAAUUCUUAUAUUUGUGGAGUUCAUCUUGGAUUGUAAUGAAUGCUUAGUUCAAAACACAACACCAUUUUCUACACAAGUUCAAGAUGAAGCUUGACUGACAUGCACAGCUAACAUGGAAGUACUGUAAUCUAACUGAAGUCGUUGUACAGGCAACACACCAGUUUCUGCAGCCACCAUUGUUAGUCCCUUGGUUCAUAUUGACUUAAGCACACUUGACAUCAAUUGCAUCAAGAUGUGACAUGUUUUAUAAGAAAAAAAGAAAAAAAAACCAAAAACAUUUAAAAUGGAAAAAAAAUAUUUUUAGGUAUUUUCACAAACAAAAACUGGCUUUUAAAUAAAUUUGCUUCCAUAAUGGUUGAAUAUGACAAAAGAAAAAAAAGCAAGAAAAAAAAAGGAAAUCUAGACUGCGGGGAAGUGGAAUAUGAAAAUAAGGCUUAAGGCAUCAGUUCCAUAUUUUUCAAAGCCAAAUAUGUAAUGUUGAGAAGAGAAGAAGUAAUAAUUAAAAGGUUCAAAUCUUGUAAUUUAAUAUUGUUAUUAAAACUUUGACGUAUAUCCUAUUCUUUAACAUUUGGUGUUAAUAUAAAAUUACUUGGCAAUGCUUGACAUUUGAAAUAAACUUUUUUCUAUGGUUUUAUUUGCAAGUGUUCCAUUAAUUUUACUAGCUACAGUUGAGUUACAAAGAGUCUAAAAGGACACUGUCAAGGUUGGGUCAGAGUUUUAGUUCUUGGCAGUGUCGCCACCCCCAGCUCACCUGAAUCUGUUCAGCAGUUUUUUCUGCAGAUGAGCCCAAGCUGUGAUGCUCAGAUACGCAUUUUGAACUCUGAAGAUCAAGGUGGUUCUGGAUUGGAGUUGUACUUCAUACCAGCACAUGAGGAGUCAGAUAGGUGCUGAUUUAGAGCUCCUCUUAACUCGGACGUGCAGGGACUUAUGAUCCAAAGAUUUGGUUCAUAUCUAUCUCUACUUUUGUACAAUUGCGUUCAUAAAUACAUGUACAGAGAGAGAAGACUAUAGGUGAAAAUUGCUAAAUGGCAAACAGUAAAAUAGCGUUAAAUAUCUCUUUUUAAGUAUGAAAAACCUACAGGCUUCAAUUUGUUCCUUUAAGGAAACAGUUUUCAAACUGUUGAAAGGUAAUUCUAAGCAGUAGCUAGUAAAGUUCUUUGUUACGAAAAAAAAAACCAAAACCUUGGCAAUGUCUUUUUAAAUUGAUAAUAACUUGAAUUAGAUGCAAUUCUGUACUGAUGAAAAUAUAAAAACUUUCCUGAAUCUUAAUCAUUAUGAAUAUUCUUUGCAAUCUGAAGUUACCAUACAUUUUAAUUUUGUGUAUUUAAAAAUGAUAACUCUACUUACAAAGCAAAAAGGAAUCCUAGGAGGGGUGCAAUAACAUUAAUUUAAAUGCUAAUGGAAAUCAAAGCUACAUCUUGUUUCUCUAGCUUUCCCUGUAGAUAAAACUCCCUACAUUUGAUUGAAAAGCUUACAUUUUUCUGCAUUGUGGAUACAUUGCCUCAUGCAGUAUCAGUAAAUCUCUAUUUUGCACUUAAAUAAAAUCUGACUGUGACUUGCAGUUCUAGUUGGAAUUCAUUUCUUAGGCUUAAGUAGAAUAUUUACUGAACAUUGGAGAAGACAGAGCCUUUGUCAGAAACUUGAAAUCCCUUCUUGUCAUAUGAGCUCAGAGCCUGUUUCCGCAAGCAUGUGAACACAGUGUAUACUCUCUGUGCCAUCAGCUAAAGAGGUAUAUACAGUGUUUCCAGUGUCAGACUUAACCAGUAACUCCCCCAAAUUAAACUAAACCGUUUCUUGACGCAUCUGCGAUCCAUAGGUGUUCUGUGCAUUACUCCUCAUCAGGAAUGUUGGGGGAUGCAGUCUGAUUUUUAGUGUUCAAUGCUAGAAUGACCAAACUAAAACAAUAUUUACAUGGUAAUCUAAACCUUUUGAAUUGCAUUACUGUAUACAGUGGAAAGCUAUUUAUUGUACCUCUGGGCUUAUUCCUCUAAAAACCGUAGCAUAAAAAAAUAUUUGUCAAGCCUGAACUGAUGUAUAUAACUGAAAUAAUGUAAAGUUAUAUUUUCAUGUUUUUAUACUUACAACAUGAUGGGAAUACAUAAUGUAUGAGUAUUUCACAUGCAGAUAAUAUUGAUUGGAUAAUACACAUCUCAGUUAAAAAGCAGUAAUCAUAGUUUAAUAUCCAUGUUACAGUACAUCAGUAUAUUGCUAUAUAAAGUAUGUCUGUGUGCAUUUAAGUGAAAAAUAGUCAAGAGUGAUGAAAGCUGUCCAAGGGUUUUUUAUUCAUUUUAUAGGAAAACUGUUAUGGAGCAACCAAAAUGUUUAUGAACUCAAACUUGUGUAAAUUUCAAAAUGUCCUUUACUGUAGCUUUUUGUUUACAGUACAGUAUCUUAUUUUCUGCUUUGUUAAAUGAGUAAUGGUACAAAGCUGGACAUACACUUUCUAAGACAUUAACGUUUCCGUUUUUUCAUGUAUACCUAUAUGAUAAAAAAUGCUUCUGAUUUUAUUUUUCAAUCUAACACAUGAUGGCUUUUCUGGAGUGUUGUAUAAACUUCAAUCAUACAUAAAAAAAUCUUCUUAAAAAAGGCAAAAGA